GUUGUAACACUUAUUUAAUAUUGGCUUCUUCAUUAUUCUAAAACUUUUUAGUUCUGCUGCAACGCAAUAUUUUAUAUUUGUUUAUCUGGAAACUUAUAUAUUUAUUAGCUCAUCAUCAGCUCAUUGAUCUGAUCUAUCUGAGCUGCGUUCGUAUAAGUUUCUUCACUUCGUCUCAUUCGUGCACGUAGUUAAAGAUGGCUUACCCGUUCGAAGGUGAGGACAAACGAUAAAGUGGGCAGGAACCGCAAAGAGGGCUUGGCAUUCAUUCUAACAUACAUUUCGAAGCAACGGCCCGAAGUAUGUUAUCGUCACAGGUGUUCGUUGGGCCAUUGCCCCCCCUGCACGCGCAGCAGAAGCCCACGGGCCCCUUCAUUUCGCGUCGUUAUGACGCGCUGCCACAACUGAAAUCAAAACUGUUCUGCCGGAUGCCUGCUCAAGUGAUGGCAGUAUUAGCAUUGUCAACCUCAACUGACCACACAGCUAUGGAGAACACGCAAGAGAUUUUUUGUCUGCGUAGGCGCACUGUUCUCACGAGUUUUUUCCGUCAAGGCUUGACCAUCGCGAUGCUGCAACUCUCGUCAUGUCAUGCCUCAGUAGCGAACGAAGAGACGAUGAGUUGGUCGACUUAUCAGGACACGAAACGUUUUUUCCGUGUGAAAUAUCCCCUGGGAUGGGAACACGUGAACAAGCAAGGUGCUGCACUAUUUUUGCGCAACCCGAAGGAUUUUCGUGCGCAGAUCGGCGUCACGGUGGCUCCAAUUAAAAUUGGCUCUCUUUCAGAAUUUGGAAGCGUCCGUGAGGUUGGAGAGCGUUUGCUUAAGGCCGAGAGCUUGAAGGAAAGCACGGUUCCAGGCGGUGUGCAUAUGCUGAGUGAAAGCGAACGCAACGGCGAAAUCAGUGGAAUCCAGUUUUAUGACUACGAAUAUAUAGUAACCACGACGCGUGGGAAUAAACGAGUGUUAAGUUCAGUCACGGUGGAAAAAGGUAUGCUAUACAUCCUGAAUGUUCAGGCCGGCGAAAAUGAAAACGGUCAAGCAAUAGAUGGUUUGAAGCCAAAUCCAUAUGCGCAAAGCGUCUUCGGAUUUGAUGUCGGGCAAAAUUGCGUGGAGUGAAUGACCUGCCACCGGAAUUCGCGCGUUUCACACCUUUGUAUUUCCUUCGAAGGUUCCCUCGCUCGAAGGUACCUUCGAAGGUAACGGGUAUUUUAUUUGGGACGAGUCAGUUCACUGCUGACAAAGUCAUAUCUAGCAACAUUACCUACCUGGUUUUUUUCGAGCAAUAACGAAGCGUAUUACUCGAAGGUACGUACGUAAAUCGUACGUACAUACGAAGCUUGCUUAUUAUUACCUUCAUUUAUUUAACACUUAUUUGUAUAUUCCAUACGAAGGUACCAAGUU